AGCAAGAGAAGAUGAUGAUAAAAGAAGCUAUAAAGUUCAAAUGUUGGGAACCCGUUGGAAGCAAGUGGAAAAACAGUCCAUGAUAAACAUCGAACUGGACACCACCAUGAACACUGGAGCAGUUUUAGAGAUAUAUCUUGAAUUUGAAGGACAACUCUUCAAUGACACCACAGAGGGCUUGUUCAGGAGUACCUAUAUUGAUCCAACAACUAAAGAGAAGAAAUGGUACUAUGCUACAUUUUUGAGACCCAAUAUGGCUAGAAACGUAUUUCCUUGCUUUGACGAACCAGGAUACAAAGUGCCAUUCCAACUGACACUGAUACGCCCUAAUACCAUGAGGGCGAUUUUUAAUACGCCUGUAGAAUCAACUGGUGAUACGAGCAAGUAUUGGGUAGCGGACAAAUUCCAGAGAACACCUCCAAUGGCUACAUUUUCGUUUGCUUUUGUUGUAUCAGAACUGAGUCACAUCACUUUGAAUGUCAGCGAUAGCGAAGUUUAUUUUCCAGACAUAAAAAUGAGAGUUUGGGCAAGGCCGGACUUCAUCGAAGCCUUAAGUAACGUCACCACGAAGGUUUCCAAGUCAGUUAAGUUCCUGGAAGACUUCUGGGGGUCCCCGUAUCCUCUUCCAGAGUUGAAUAUCUUCGCUUUGCCCAAUUAUCAAGCUACCAAACCAGCAGACAGUUGGGGAGUCCUGUUGUUUAAAGAAAGUGAGCUAAGCAGCAAAGGAUCCUGGCAUUUGACUCAGGAACUGGUAUAUCAAUGGCUUGGAGCACUGGCCACCCCAUUCUGGUGGAGUGAUGCCCAUAUCAAUAAUGCUUUGGUCAGAUACAUCACAGCCUUUACCACAUUAAAGAUUGGUGAAAACGAAACAUUUAAUAACUGGCCCACUACCAUGCUGUAUUCUAUUUACUAUGAAUUCAGUAAAAGAUAUCCACAUGGAAAAAACACUGCAAUUAAACAAGAUUCUUCUUCGGCUAAGACAGAAUUGGUGUUUAGAAUGUUAAAUUAUACAUUAGGAGAGAGUACAUUCAGGCAUGGAAUGCAAAGGUUUAUGGCUGAUAGACAAUUUAAAACAUUCUUCGGUGAUGAUAUCUGGCUAUCCCUAACCGAACAAGCACGAUUUGACAAAACUUUACCAGAACCCAUCACCAUCAACGAAAUAGCGGGCUCAUGGAUCACAAAGGACCGUCUCCCAGUUGUCACAGUAACCAGGAACUACAGUAACAAAACAGCACAUAUUCACCAGAGGGUCUAUUUAAGAGAAAGGCCUCACGAUGUGCCUGACCAAGAAAAGUUCUUGUGGUGGAUUCCUGUGGUCAUUAUCAGACAGGAUAAAAUGAAUUUCUUGAACACCACUCCCCUGAUUUGGAUGAUGCGGGAAAGAGAAAUAGAGUUGAAGAAUAUGCCAUCUAAUAAUCAAUUUAUCAUAAUCAAUCCAGAAGAGAUAGGUCCAUUCCCUGUAAACUAUGACGUAGAUAACUGGAACAUGUUAGCUAGAUAUCUUCAAACCGAGAACAGAACCAAAAUUCCAGUCUAUACCAGGGCCAAGCUACUUCACGAUGCUUGGAAUUUGGCUUACGCAGGCGACCUCAGCUUCGCUACUGCGCUGAAUAUGACGCUGUUUUUGAAGAACGAAAGAGAAUAUCUCGCUUGGGAUCCAGUGUUCACACUUAUCGACCACAUAGGGAAACAUAUUGACAGUUCAGCAGUACAUAAAAAAUUCCAGACUUAUGUACGUCUGCUUCUUACACCUCUCUACGAAGAACUGGGAAAUGAAGCUCAAGAAGGCGAAUCCGAGGGCAGGGCUCAUCUGAGAAGCUCAUCCAAAGUAUUCUUGUGUCAAGCCGGAUACAAACCUUGCAUCGAGGAAGCCCAGAAUGCUUUCAAAAAAUGGAUGGAAAGUGACAACCCUGAUGAAGGCAACCCAGUCGCAAAUCAAUAUAUUUGUCCAGUUUUCAAAUGGGGUACCAAUGAAGAAUGGGAAUUUGGAUUACAAAGAAUUAUCCGAUUCCCUCAAGGCAGGAAGCCCAGUGAAAGAACUUACUUGCUCAAAACUCUGGCAGGAUGUCCUAACGAUUCUUGGAAGAUAGAGCGAUUGCUCAAUAUUACUGUCUUGGAACAGAACGGAAACUUCACUGAUAACGACAUCUAUUUGAUCUUCAGUAUGCUGACAGGAGGUGCGAAUGGAUACACCACCUUGUUCAACUUCCUUAGGAAGAAUUGGGAUACCAUUAAAUCCAG